AUGUCUCACGAAGAGGAUCUCAUCGACUACUCCGACGAGGAAAUCGGCGGCAACGAGACCGCCGCUGCCUCCAACGGCAAGAAGGGCGACGCCGCUGCCGGCAACAAUGUCGACAAGAAGGGCAGUUACGUCGGCAUUCACUCGACCGGCUUCCGCGACUUUCUGCUGAAGCCUGAAUUGAUUCGAGCCAUCGGCGAUUGCGGUUUCGAGCAUCCAUCGGAGGUUCAGCAAACUUGCAUUCCCCAAGCACUCCUCGGUGGUGAUAUCAUUUGCCAGGCCAAGUCAGGUCUCGGAAAGACUGCUGUCUUCGUCCUGGCCACUCUGCAGCAAAUUGAGCCCGUUAAUGGCGAGGCCUCUGUCGUCGUCAUGUGUCACACUCGUGAGCUGGCCUAUCAGAUUCGCGAUGAGUACAACCGAUUUAGUAAAUACAUGCCCGACAUCAAGACUGGCGUCUUCUACGGCGGUACUCCCAUCAACAAGGACAUUGAAACCAUCAAGAACAAAGAUACCUGCCCCCAUAUCAUUGUCGGUACUCCCGGUCGACUUAAGGCUCUGGUUCGGGACAAGGCACUUCGACUUGGAAGCGUUCGUAUCUUCGUUCUUGACGAGUGCGAUAAGAUGCUUGAGCAACCUGAUAUGCGCACUGACGUGCAGGAUGUCUUCCGCGCCACGCCCCAGCAGAAGCAGGUUAUGAUGUUCUCGGCCACCCUCUCAGACAGCAUCAAGCCUAUCUGCCGCAAGUUCAUGCAGAAUCCCACAGAACACUAUGUUGACGAGGAUACCAAGCUCACGCUCCACGGUCUUCAGCAAUACUACAUCAAGCUCGAGGAGAAUGAGAAGAACAGAAAGCUGAAUGAUCUUCUUGAUGAGCUUCAGUUCAAUCAGGUCAUCAUUUUCGUCAAGAGCACUCGUCGUGCAAACGAGCUCGACAAGCUGCUGCGCGAAUGCAACUUCCCAUCCAUCGCUGUCCACUCGGGUGUCAGCCAAGAGGAACGUAUCCGCCGCUACAAGGAAUUCAAGGAGUUCAAGAAGAGAAUUUGCGUUGCUACUGAUGUUUUCGGCCGUGGUAUUGAUAUUGAACGUAUCAACCUGGCUAUCAACUACGAUCUCACUACCGAAGCCGACUCUUACCUCCACAGAGUUGGUCGUGCCGGCCGUUUCGGUACAAAGGGUUUGGCCAUCUCCUUCGUCAGCAGUGAGGAGGAUGCCAAUGUGCUUAAGGAGAUCGAGAAGCGUUUUGAGGUUGCCCUUCCUGAAUUCCCCAAGGAAGGUGUUGAUGCUAGCACCUACAUGGCAUCUUAA